AUGGUGUACAUUGAUCAGCCUGCUGGAACGGGAUUCUCGCUUGGUCCAUCUACGGUGGUCUCGGAAUUCGAUGUAGCGAGACAGUUUAUGGACUUCUGGAGGCGGUUCAUGAAAACGUUUGAUCUGCAGAAUCGAAAGAUCUAUCUCACCGGCGAGAGUUACGCCGGGCAGUAUAUUCCAUAUAUUGCCUCGCAGAUGCUGGACCAGGAUGAUGAUAAGUAUUUCCGGGUUGCCGGCAUCCAGAUCAACGAUCCCUACAUCAAUGAGGUGUCAGUUUUGCAGGAUGUGCCUGCUCUUGCGACCGUUAACCAGCACCGCUCCCUUUUCCCCUUCAAUGACACCUUCAUGAGCCAAAUCACUCAGCUCUCUGAUGACUGUGGCUACACUUCGUUCCUCGAAGAUGCCCUUACCUUUCCACCUCUUUCCAAAUUGCCAUCAGUGCCCUACAAUGUCAGCUGCAACACCUGGGAAACCAUAAUCAACGCCUCGCUAGCUCUCAACCCAUGCUUCAACCGCUACCAUAUCCCCGACUCCUGUCCAACACCGUGGAACCCAGUCGGGGGUCCUGUCGUCGGCCAGGGUCCAACCAACUACUUUAACCGCAGCGACGUCCAGAAAGCCAUCAACGCUUACCCAACAGACUAUUUCGUCUGCAAGGAUGGAAUCUUCCCGACGGCCGACGGACUGGACACAUCUCCCCCAAGCUCCUUAGGACCGCUGCCGCGCGUCAUCGAACAAACCAACAACACCAUCAUCGCGCACGGCCUGAUGGAUUUUGAGCUCCUGGCGCAGGGAACCCUGAUCAGUAUCCAGAAUAUGACCUGGAACGGGAAGCAGGGGUUCGAGCGGGAGCCAGUGGAGCCGUUGUUCGUGCCGUAUGGUGGACCAUCGGGAGGAGGUGUGCUGGGAACGGCACAUACAGAGCGUGGAUUGACAUUUUCGACAGUGUUCAGUUCAGGACAUGAAAUCCCAGAAUAUGCACCGGGAGCAGCAUAUCGCCAGCUAGAGUUUUUGCUAGGGAGGGUCGCGAAUCUGUCAAUGAGCUGA